UUCGCUUUUAUGUGACCAGUUGCUGCUGAAGGGCAGGGAAAACUACAGGAGCCAGUUGACGAUUACAGAUUAUGCUGCCAAAGGGAGCAGCGCCCUUGUUGGCGCUGGUCCUGUGGCUGGCCGUCGCGGAAGCAGUACUCGACAACGACGCGCCGAUCCGCACGUCGUCACGCUUUUACGCCCAAAGAGACCAGCUCCACAAUUCGAAUGACCAAGAAAUCAGGCGUUCGUCCGGAGGGACCUCGGCUUCGACGAGGCGCGAGUCCAACUUCGACCCAAAUGUUCUUAAUCGCUUCCUUGAAGAUUAUGCCGACAAAAUCAGGCGCACCACCGAGAAGACGACGAUUUUUGGAUACGACGAGGACGCGAAGGUACAUCAUCAGGACGACCAAGAUCUUGAAGCCAUUGCCAUCGAGAUCAACGACAAGGAUGUCAACGCUUCCAUCCCCCAUGGAUUUCGCGAGCCGGCACGAUUCAAUGAAACGUCAAAGAGGCACAAGUUUUACGUUGGCAACGAUGACAGGAACACAGGUUGGGUGACCCUGGACGCGGUGCCGUGGUCAAAGAGCAAAAUAUCAAAGUGGCAGCCUAACCCGACGACUCAGGGCCCGUGGCCGGAACACAAGCCCUGGGACAAGCCAAGCUUCAAUAAGCCGUGGAACUCGGACUAUCCGUCCAGACCGGCUUCGUACGAGACCGGCAAGCCAUGGCAAAACAAACUGACGCGGCCCGAGUGGUCCGACAACGACGGCUCGGGCUCGAGCAAGCCCUGGUACUCCGAGCGACCGCGUCCCAUUCAGCACGAGCGGCCCUCUUAUCCUGCGAUCGCCAACGACGAGGACAAUCCGAAUCAGGCGCAAAAGUGGCCACCGGAGCGACCCGCCUGGGACCGCGAGCCAUCCCGUCCCUCUUUGGACACGGAUGAUAGCCCAUCCAAUUUUCCGCCCAACAAUUGGGAGAACUAUGAGCCAAAGCCAAGCUACACGCAUCACACGGAGAGCUACGUAAGCGAAUCAGGUGGUUGGCACGACCGCAACGACUUCCCGAGUCCCAACAGCCACAACGGCCACAACGGCAAGCACCGGCCCUCCGACGACGGCUACAACGACCGACCACAUUUCUCCCACUACAAGUAUCCGUCGAGCAGCCGAUUCGGCACCAGCGGCGGCAACUAUCCGCCGAACCACCCGUCCAGCGGCGACGGACAGUGGAUCCUCUUGUCCACGAAUCGCGGCUACUCCAAGUCACGGCAGCGCUCCAUCAAGCUCGACGCCCUCGUCAACGCCGAUACCAAGCAGGCCUUUCCCGCGAACGCGAAGAAACAGCGAUUUCCUCAGCACACGGCCGACAACGAGGAGCACAUGCCCGCCGUGACCUCGAAGAGGCAGGUCCGACUGAUCGUGCUGCCGUCGCUGAACGCCACGAACACGACGACCUCGCACGGCGGCCUCUUGGAAGUCGAGCCCUCGUUCAAGACUGUCGAGCAGAGCCGAAGGGAGUACGAGCUCGAGAUGCACAAGAAGCAAAACAACGCCACCAAUGGCACGGCCGACCGGCCGUCGGGCACAAAGAUCCAGGUUAACAAGCGCCCGACGCGGAACAAACUCGCGACCGGCUCUGCCACGAGCUCGGCUGUUUUAGCAGCCGUCGGUGCGGGUAUGGUGCCCGCGACGAUGGCCAUGAUGAUACCGAUGAUGCUCGGUAAGAAACGGAGGAGAAGAUCGGCCGAUUACGACCAGUUGGCGUUUAUCAGCGUGCCCGUGGAGUCUUUGUUGGGCGACUCGCCAAGGCGAAGGAGGGCGUAG